CUUCAACAUUCACCCGGGAGUCACUCCGAAACAAAGAAACACAUUCGACUUGUACUCUAUUCCUCUUCUCUCAGUAGAGAUGACUGGAGCCGCUGUGGUCUUGUGUUUAUUCUUCCUCAUGUCUUUCUGUUCAGCCUGCUACAUCUCCAACUGUCCCAUCGGGGGCAAGAGGUCCGUCAUGGACUCUCCACAACGCAAGUGCAUGUUGUGUGGGCCAGGGGAGCAGGGCCGCUGUUUCGGCCCCAGUAUCUGCUGUGGGGAAGGGCUGGGCUGCUGGAUGGGCUCCCCAGAGACGGCACGCUGCAUGGAGGAGAACUACCUGCCCACCCCCUGUCAGGCAGGAGGGAGACCCUGUGGAUCUGAAGAAGGACGCUGCGCUGCACCAGGCAUCUGUUGUGACUCAGAGGGCUGCAGUGCGGACCAAUCCUGUCUGGCAGAGGAGGAAGGCGACAAUCAAAUCAGCCAAUCAGAGGGCAGCGAUGACGCCCUCCUCAGGCUCCUUCACAUGGCUGGCCACACCCCUCCUCAUCGAGUCCACCAAUGAGCUGCCAAUGAUGCCAGGUUUCCAUGGGGGUCACUUGAGAGAUUGGUUGUUAGGAUUUGUAGUUCAAGGUAACCUAGUUGUAGUUCAUUGAUUAAUUCAUCUAUUUCACUGGCCUCCUUCAGUUUAUAGGCAACCUCACUGGAUUGGAACCUGUGCACUCCUCUGUAGAUUGCCUUUGUAUUAAAUACUAAUACUAAUAUAUUUUAUGUACUGUAUGUAUAGGAAUAGCUAUCAUUAAUCUUACAAGUGUUAAGAGUCCCCACGUGUAUUUUAAUAAAGCGUGAGAGUGUGCAUGG